AUGGCACCCGUUUCUCACAUCCAGGCCGCACCGGUCCUCUGUGCCGUAGCCCAAUCUGCGGCAAUUCGUCGUGCCCUGUCUGCUGCCGGUCCCCUUCUCGUCCACCGCGCUGCGGAACAUCUCCGGACCCACCAAUUGUCUGCUCGCGGCUUGACAGUGUCCAACACGCAGAAAGUCACGCUGGGCGUCAUCGCUGCCUAUAUCGUAGCUAUCGCCCUGCUGUGGAAUAUACCCUAUAUACGCUACAUAUUGUGGCCCUUCAAGAUGCUCGUCAUUGCAUUCCACGAGUUCGGCCACGCAAUUAUGGCGGUCCUGACGGGCGGCCAUGUCAUUUCCAUCUCGCUCGACCCGCGCGAAGGCGGUGUCACACAUAUGAAGGGUGGCAAGGCGGCGCUCACGCUGCCGGCGGGCUACUUGGGAUCCUCUCUGAUCGGCGCUCUGCUGACCUUCUGCGGCUUCGACAUCGUGGCAAGUAAGGUGGCCAGCAUCGUGCUGGGCGUGUGCUUUCUCCUUACCUUGUGGUGGGGCAAGCGUGACUGGUUGACCAUCGGCACCAUUCUGCUCGCUGUCGGACUACUUGUUGCUUUCUGGUUCAUCAAGCACGCCGAACCGCUGCGGUUCUUUGUCCUCUUCAUCGGCGUCAUGUCGUCGUUGUAUAGCGUCUGGGAUAUCUGCGACGACCUCAUCCUCCGCAAAGUCAACGAAUCCGAUGCCAGCGUGUUCUCUAAACGAUACGGCGGUUCGUCGCAGUGCUGGGGUGUCGUCUGGUCCAUCGUUUCGAUUCUUUUCAUGGUGUGCGGCAUCAUAGCCGGCAUCGCCGCAUUCCCCGAGUCGUUUUCCGAGCAGGAGAAGGACUCUGAGAAGUUUAUCCCGACACGGUAG